AUGGCGACGGCGACGAAGGAUCCGUGCCCGUGCGUGCUCAUCGCGCCGCAGAUCGAGGCCGACGACGGCACGCUCACCACCGCCGGGCUCUACCGCUGGGAGGAGGGCCAGGGCGUCGCCACCCUCGUGGUGGAUGCCAUGCCCGACUACCGCUCCUUCCACCCCGACACGGAAGCGGCGCACGACCUCGCGCACUGCGACGGGCUGCUGCUGGUGCCCACCGACGCCGCCGUGCGCGUGCUCAACCCGGCCACGGGCCGCGCGUUCGGCCUCGGCUGCGACCCUCGCUCGGGAGCCUACAUGGUCGUCCGCAUCUUUUACCGCUCCCUGGACGAGGUCGAGCUCUACGCCGGCGGCUGCACCUACACCUACUCCCUCGGGGCAGAGGUGCUCACCCUCACAGCCGGGGGGACGGACCAGUGCUGGCGCGAGACGGCGGCGCCACCUCCGUGCCCCGUCAUACCAGGGCGCACUGCGACAUUCUUCAAGGGCUCGCUCCUCUUCACCCCCCACGAGCGGGUCCUCGACGGCGGUGAGGCGCCGGGCUUCGUGCGCUUCAGCCUGGAGGACAACGACGAGCCGUUCGGCGUCGUCCCGGGGCCUCCCUGCGAGAAGAGGAUCGACUACGCGGCGUCGAGCAUGGCGGAGCUGCGCGGGGAGUUGUGGCUGUGCGUGGGCAGCCCGAGGCCCGGCAUGGGGUCGGUGGAGAUGUGGGCAUGCGGCGGCGACCUGACCGGAGCCCGGUGGGACCGGCGUCACGUCGUCGAGGCCUGUGUUUUCCGUGGCAACCGAUCUCUUCGUCCGAUGACUGCGUCGGCCGGCGCCAUACUUCUGCGCGCCGGACCGUCGUAUCUCUGGCGCUACCGUCGACGUGGUUGUGAGCCGGGUUAUGGUGAUCUUGUCGACACGCGGUAUCUCAAGUAUCACCAUCCCGACAACGACGCGGGCACGGUGGUCGUUGAGUACCCAAUGAAAACAGUCCUUGCCGUUGAUGUAGUUCCAUAUGUUCCUAGCCUAGUUCCAAUCUAG